GAGCACCGAGCAGAGAACGCUUGGUACUGCUGCACGCGUGGCCUGACGGAGAUUUUUUUGAAAACAGGCGUGGCAGUCAACAUGUUAAUAUUAUUUCCAAAAUCUUUAAAUUUUUUUAUAUUUGAUGUAUUUGUAUGUGAAACUUUCUUAUAUGUUUUUAAAUGGUAAUAAUAAUAUUAUGUUCAAAUUGUAUUAACCCAUUUGCAUCAUGGCCCUACUUCAGAGGACUGGUCCCUAUCAUCGCGCACGGUCGGUCUUAAGUGCAGUAAAUGAAAUCCGAAUUCUUCAUGGAGUUUAUCGAAAAUUUACUGUUCAAAACGAUUGGUAGACAAUAUUACUUCGCAAAAAUCGCAUCUUACAUUCUUUAUAACAGAGAAAAAAUGUAAAAAUUAUUUAUUUUAAAAAAAUUAUUUAGAUGAAAAUGGAAAUAAAAAAAAGCAGCCGCAGCACGCGUAAUAAUCCGCGCUUGGUGAUAGAAGACAGUUGCAGCGCGCGAAUUCAUCCGCGCUUGGAUGCAAAUGGGUUAAUUGAUAAUGGAUUGUGUAUUAUUAAAUUUAAAAAAUGUGUUUAUGUAGUUUGUAGUAUGUAGUUUGUUUAUAUAGUUUUUAUAUAUAAUAAUUAAUCAUAUAUCAGACUUUACGUUUACAUAUUUCAAGAAAAUAGUUUGGCAAAAAGGAUUGCUUUCCUUAGUAUACAUUUUUUUUAUUUUUGGCAUUUAUAAUAGUAGUAAAGUUAAAAAUUUGUUUAGGUGAUGGAUUUCAUGUAAAUUUGAUAUAUUAAAAAAUGAUGUAUUAAUAAAAUAUUUAUUAAAAAUUAUUGCAUCAUUUCACUGAUCCAUUAUCGUUUGAAUGGGAAUAUUCUCUCUUCUCCAAAACAAUAUAGUAAACAAUUUCUCUUUCUUAGACAACUUACAAUUAGUUUAAUUAUUGCGCCAUUUUGUUAUUUCCAUACUUGUUUAUCUCGGAUCGAAAAGUAGAUAUGAACUUUUCCACAAAACCGUACAAUUAAAUAGGUUCUCGUCUAUGCUAGUGUGCAACUAAGGAAAGAAGGAAUUACUUCUCUGGCGUAAUUAAAAAAGGCAGAUCCCUUACUUUAUAGAAUUUUAUAUAUAGUAGCGUGGGUCGCUUUCAAGUAUGCUCCGCGUGGUGCAGCACUAGUUCGAGAACAACUAAAAUCAUAAGUGUGAACCCUCUCAUUUCUUCUCUAUUGCUAGUAAUGCAAGCAUUUAUUCGUCAAAUUUUUACAUUUUGUGAGCUAUUAUAUUAGUAUAUGUGAUUAUAGUAUUUAUUUCUUCGCGUUUAACAUGAUAACUUUACCAUUUACAUAAUUUUUAUCAUUUUAUUUGAUGUACUUAUCUUCUAUUUUGGAAAUUUGUCUAUGUAAUAACUAGAUAUUACUUUGAAUAUUGUUUGGGUCUAACGUACAUAUUUGAAUCGUAAGUUAUCUUACCUCAAAAAAGACUACAGACUAGUCUAAUUGCAUAUGAAAUUUUUCUUUUUUGGGAAAUGAAACGAAACGUGUCGAAUCAUUCUUAUCGUGAUGAAAAAUUGAGAUCAUCACACAGUGAAAAUUAUGAGACUAAUUUACGAAGAACAGAAGAAGAAAGAUUACGGCGUAGGCGCGAAUGGAUUAUAGAACAUGAAAAGUUGAAGGAGAAGAUCUUAGAAUAUGAGAUACGUUGUGCUCUCGAGAAAGGUUUACCACUGUCCGAGGGAAGAUUUUCACAUCACAGUUGCAAUAAGAGUAAAAGUAAAUCCCCGGAAAGUCAACACAGAACUGUUGCUAUAUCAAGUAGACCCAAUACAUUUAUAUUAUCUAAAAAAUUAGAACCAUCAGAUGGUAUAACACCUUUAUUUAAAGGACCAGAUGGCAUACAAGUUAGUGCUGCAGAACUACGAAGAAUCAAAGUAUAUAUUCACAGAAAUUCAUUCACGGAAGAUAUCCAAAGGAAUGUAUCAAAUGAAGCAACAAUUGAUGAUCUACAACGAUAUAUUAUCAAUCCUGAAGAUAUUGUGGUCAAAAGAAGAGAGGGAGAGGGAUCCAAACCUAUAUUUGCGAGAGAAGAAAUAAAAAGUGCAACAGUUAAAACAGAAGAAAUUGUGGAACAUCGUACAGCUGUUGCUAUAAAUAAUGAAAAUUUUGAAAACAAGUCGGGAGCGAAUAAAAAAUAUACUACUUCUUCAAGAAGUCGAAGUCACAGUCCUCAAUACAGAUCGUCCCAUCAUACCAGGUAAAGUAUUAUUAGAAGACUUCAGAGCCACUCUACACUAAUUUUGGAUUAAGGUACGCUGUACCAACCUUACCAACUGUACCGACAAGUUAAAGAAACUCCGUACUUUAUCAACUGGAAAAGAACACUUAAUUAUCAAAAUUAUUAAUGAUGAUACCUUGUUAUAUUCAUACUUUACUAUAUGUUAUUUUAUCACAUUGUAUAUGUAUUUUAACUAUUCUAUGUUAUUAUUCUUUUUGUAACUAGUCAAUUAGAGAUGAGAAUCUAAAGUAUCGAGACAUGUUAAACACAUAAUAAUAUUUGAUCGGAAUCUAUCGAAAAGUUCAGUUUAGCGUUAAAGUGUUAAAGAAAUAAAUUAAGUUAUAAAAUAAAGUGUUUAUUACAUUA